ACGAAACAGAAAAACAGCGCUCGUCUCGUCGAACAGCUGCAAACCUCAAUAGGAAGGCCGGCGACCAGCAUGCAGCGGCUUGUGCAGCGCGACAAGGCCGCCCCUGUAGUGCGCGAGGGGGACGAAGACAGCGACGCUGACGAAGGUGAGGUGGAGGACGAGCUGUCAUUAGAACUAGCCGACACGGAGCACCAGGUGGUGCAGACGACACCCGCAAAACUCGCGUCUCUUCCGACUGCGCUGUCGAGCGGCCCGGGCAAGUUCCGCACGUCCGCUCGCAACAUUAACCUGCACUCAUACGACCCACACAUUCAGCAGGUGGGUGGGUACGCGGAGACGAAGAUCGGCGGCCACGAAUUGGACCACAAGCGUCCGUUCUACUCGGACUGGCAGCAGCAGGUCCACGGGCCCCUAAAAACCGCUGUAUGGGGAGCGGUGGGCGCUCUAGGAGAAGCUUUUACAGGCCCCUCUGUAACUCUGAGUACGCCUUCGUCGCAGGCCCGGACAUCACUGUCCUAUGCAGCUCCAAAGCCCGAGGUUCUUGUGUACUCGGCCGUCAAAAUUGGAGGCCAUCCACUGGACCACGUACCGUUCUUGAGUCGCGGCCUGCCAUCGAGGCCUCUACUAGGUUACGUACCAGAAUCAGCCAGGCAGCAACCACCCCCAGUGUUCCAGGCUCCGGGGCUGUCGCCUGGCGCCGUAACAUACGAGAUUGCUCCAAAUGUAUCCAACUUGUACGACUGCAGCCGCUGCUUCAGACUGCGACAAUCUCCACGCGUCCAGCUUUGCUGUGGACAUCCUGUGUGUGCCAAAUGUGUGGCAUCACGCACCAUAAAGCACGUGGAGCACAACAGAACGUGCUUCUUGGAAUGUGCGCGCUGCAACGACAUGGUCGCUGUCGAAGCUGUUGUGUUUACGAAUUAUAUAUUACGGAUGGAACCUUUUUCAGCUCGCACAGCCUCGGAGCUUCAGACACAAGAAGAAGAAUCAGGAGGAGCAUCGACGUCAUUAUCAGGUGCUUGGAAACAGGGAGGAGUUCUUGCGGCUUUGUCAUUUAUCGCGGGUCGAUUUGUACCUACCAGCUCAAGGAGACCUAAAAAGAAGCACAAUGCUGUUGAAGAAGCCAAAAAAUUAGUUGCGGAAGUGCUACCGGAUGAAGCAGAUGAACUUUUGAUGGAUGGAGUGGUGGAUUUAACGAAGGAGACAGCUAAAACUGAGGUCAUGGUCGCUAAAGGGCCCGAGAGAUGGGCCAAGCGCGUGCAGGGUCUUCAACCGCCGUCAAAACUGCUCAAGUUCUCGUUUGUGCGGACGUUGGGUGUCGGUAACUUUGCAGAGGUGAUACUGGUGGAGAACCGUAAGGGGCAGUUGACUGUGCUGAAGGAGAGCGAUAAAUUACCAGAAGCUGCGAACGAGAUCAGUAUUUUAUCUCGAGUUCGUAGCCCCCAUGUGGUGCAGAUCCAACAAUACUUUAUUGAGGAGAUCGGACACAGACAUUUCGCAUACAUUGAGAUGGAAUAUUGCGACGGUGGAGAUCUGAGGGAAAUGCUCGAGAAGAAGGUGAGUAAGGGGGGUUUCCUAACAAGAGAUUAACUCGGUACUGAUAGCAGAAUGCUGCUUACAGGGGCGACUGGAGGGCGACGAGUUCGACUCGAUGUUCCGCCAGUUGUGUCUUGGGUUAAAGGAAAUCCAUCGACACGGAAUCGUUCACCGAGACUUGAAGCCAGGCAACGUACUUUUGACGAGCGAUGGCUCAACAAAAAUUGCGGACUUUGGUGUAUCGACUUAUUUGGAGAGUGAUUUACUGACACACCACGCUGCUGGUACACUGGCGUUCAUGGCGCCCGAGGUUCGUCGAUAUUUUCUGGGAGAAGUUGUGAGCUACGACGCCAAGGCAGAUAUCUGGUCCCUCGGUGCUCUGGCUGUUGCAAUGCUAACGGGCAACCCAGAGCCUCGAGUAGCCACUCGCCCAGGUAAGCAGAAUCUUCAAGUAUUUUGGGUCUAUCGAAAUGUUUUAACUCGCGUUUAAUUGGCGUUAUAUUUUCUUACAGUGGAGGAGCUUGUCGAUGAGCUGAAGGAAGAGAAGUUGGACGAGAAGUACACGCAGUUGGUGGAAGGCAUGCUCGCUGCUCACCCGGCCGAGAGGUUAUCUUUGGAAGAUCUGCUCGAUGCAUUCCCUCCGAUGAAUUCUCGCUUGUAAAUAACUUCUCUAAUUUCCUCGUGGUUAGUGAGUGGCAGUCCCAAAUUACGUGAAUAUAUUUAUUUUAUUAUUUGCUAUCAGUAAGAUCUCGGCAA